CGCAACUGCCGGAAAGGAGCAUCGGCACGGCUCUCGCUUGUGACCAAGAAGCUCGCAAACCUGGACUUUAAAGCCUCCCCAAACUGUAUCGACACACCACCGGGCGGCUUUCACAAGGGGAUACACUGGGAGAUCUUCUGCGAUGUCUCGUUUCUUUGCAACCGGGUCUGACAGCGAGUCAGAGGAGUCCUCGUCGGCGGAUGAGAUCACCCCUAAAGCACCUGGGACCACUUUAAGACAGUCACUGCUUCUUAGUGAUGAUGAGGAGGACACCAGGAGAGUCGUACGCAGUGCCAAGGACAAGAGGUUUGAGGAGCUGACCAACCUCAUCAAGACAAUCCGUAAUGCAAUGAAGAUCAGGGACAUGUCAAAAUGUCUGGAGGAGUUUGAGCAGCUGUGUCGAGCUUUUCUGAAAAGCAAGACUAUAGUGGACAAAGAGGGGGUUCCGCCCUUCUAUAUCCGUCUGCUUGCGGACCUGGAGGACUAUCUGAACCAGCUGUGGGAGGACAAGGAGGGCAAGAAGAAGAUGAACAAGAACAAUGCCAAAGCCCUCAGCACCCUACGUCAGAAGAUCCGCAAGUACAACCGUGACUACGAGACCGAGAUAACAGCUUAUAAAGAGAACCCUCAGGAGUCUGCCGAUGAGGAGGAGGAAAAGGAGCGCGGAGAUUCUGGUUCGUCCUCAGACAGUGAAGCGGAGGCAGAUGAGGGAAUGUCAGCCAGUGCCUUCCUUAAGAAGUCUGCAUCUGAGACAGUCUCAGAGGCCAGCAAGUUCCUUAAGUCAGCCAAAGGCUCAGGGGACGAGUCUUCCUCCAGUGAUGAUGACGAGGAUGAUGAAGAGUGGGGCUCAGACACUGUGGACAGCGGCAGUGAGAGCUCAGAUGAAGGAGAGGGGAAGAGUUCCUCCCUGGCUGUGGUUUUCCUCAAGAAGACCCAGGAAGGAGAAAAAGCUGCUGAGAAGAAGAAGGAUGUGAGGAAGAAGAGGCAUAAGAAGAAGGAGCGUCUCGAUGAGGAGGGGGAGGAGGAGGCAGGAGAGGAGGCUGAGGGAGGAUGGGAGAAGGUUAAGGGGGUCCCACAGGUCAAGGAGAAACCCAAAAUGUUUGCUAAAGGCACUGAGAUCAACACACCAUUAGUGGUGAAGAAACUUAAUGAGAUCCUGCAGGCCAGAGGCAAGAAGGGCACAGACAGGGCUGGACAGAUCGAGCUGCUCCAUGCUCUGGCAAUCAUCUCCGGAGAGAACAACCUGGGCCAGGGCAUACUCGUGAAGAUCAAGUUCAACAUCGUUGCCUCACUGUACGACUACAACCCUAACCUGGCUGCUUUCAUGAAGUCCGACAUGUGGAUCAAGUGUCUGGACUGUAUAGAUGAGCUGCUGGACAUCCUGUUUGAUAAUAACAACAUCUUCAUCGGGGAGAACAUCGCAGAGGACAGCGAGAAUCUUGCCAUCUCAGACCAGCCUUUCAGGGUGCGGGGCUGCAUCUUGACUUUGGUGGAGAGGAUGGAUGAGGAAUUCACCAAAAUCAUGCAGAAUACAGACCCUCACUCUCAAGAGUACGUGGACAACCUGAAGGAUGAGGGGCGAGUCUGUGGAGUUAUCGACCGCCUGCUGAGCUACUUGGAGAAUAAAGGCAGCACAGAGGAGAUUUGUCGUGUUUACCUGAGGCGCAUUAUGCAUACCUACUACAAGUUUGACUACAAGGCUCAUCGCCGCAGCCUCGGUUUCCAGGGAGAGACUAAGUCGGAGCGGGAUCAGGAGGAGAGUCAGGGUGAAGACAGUGCCGUGAUCAUGGAUCGCCUCUGUAAAUUCAUCUAUGCAAAGGACAGAACUGACCGAAUCCGAACAUGCGCCAUCCUCUGCCACAUUUACCACCAUGCCUUGCACUCCCGCUGGUACCAGGCCCGUGACCUCAUGCUGAUGAGCCAUCUGCAAGACAACAUCCAGCACGCAGAUCCACCUGUACAGAUCCUGUAUAACAGAACCAUGGUCCAGCUUGGUAUCUGCGCUUUCCGUCAAGGCAUGAUCAAAGAUGCCCACAAUGCUUUGUUGGACAUCCAGUCGUCGGGCCGUGCCAAGGAGCUCUUGGGCCAGGGACUGCUCAUGAGGAAUAUGCAGGAGCGCAAUGCUGAGCAAGAGAAGAUUGAAAAGAGGCGACAGGUGCCGUUCCACAUGCACAUCAACUUGGAGCUGUUGGAGUGUGUGUACCUGGUGUCCGCUAUGCUACUGGAAAUCCCCUACAUGGCUGCGCACGAGUUCGACGCCCGCCGGCGCAUGAUCAGCAAACAGUUCCACCACCAGCUCAGGGUGGGAGAGAGGCAACCCCUGUUAGGUCCUCCAGAGAGCAUGAGGGAACACGUGGUGGCAGCCAGCAAGGCCAUGAAGAUGGGUGACUGGAGAACCUGCCACUCCUUCAUCAUUAAUGAGAAGAUGAACAGCAAAGUGUGGGACCUGUUCCCGGAGACGCAGAGGGUUCGAGAGAUGCUCGUCAGGAAGAUCCAGGAGGAGUCCCUGAGGACAUACCUGUUCACUUACAGCAGCGUCUACGACUCCAUCAGCAUGGAGAUUCUGUCUGAGAUGUUUGAACUGGAGCUGGCCACAGUCCACAGCAUUAUCAGUAAAAUGAUCAUCAACGAGGAACUCAUGGCAUCUCUGGACCAGCCCACCCAGACGGUGGUGAUGCACCGCACAGAGCCCACUUCCCUGCAGAACCUGGCCUUGCAGCUAGCUGAGAAACUGGGAGGGCUGGUGGAGAACAACGAGCGGGUCUUCGACCUCAAGCAGGGCGUCUAUGGAGGGUACUUUAACAGAGAUCAGAAAGGUUCCUAUCAGCAGAAACAAGGUUACCAGAGAGACCAAAAAGGGGGUUACCAGCAGAAACAAGGCGGGUACCAGCGAGGAGGCUACAGAAACCAACAGAGAGACUACUGAUGAGAGCCCUCCACCCGUAUCUCCAUUCCAUUACAUCAUACCGGUUAUCCUUCCUAGCUCCGGUCUGCACACUAGUCUCCAUUACAACAGACUGCUCACCCUGAACCCCAGACACCUUCAAACCAGAUGCAUCGUGGGAUAUUUUACACCACCUGCUCCUUUUUGUUCAGCCUGAGUUUUUUUUGUUUUGGGCUAGUUUGUUUGAAGACGGCUGUGAUUAAAGGUAGUUUCAGUCUGGCGGCUCCAGGCUGUCGGGUGGAAUAUUGUCAUUGCUAGCCUGAUAAAAUAAACAUUGGUCAACAUCAGUUCUGUGACAUUUCCUUACGGAGAUCAAUAAAGUAUCUCAAAAUCCAAAAAAAUUCAAAAA